AUGAGUAGAUCAAUGAGAAAAGGUAACACACCUGCACUCAAUAGUUAAAUUAGACCAUUCUCACCAAAUCUUACUUUUAAAACUGAUUAAUUAGAAAAUCAAGUUCUUCAACCUUGUUAAGAAAAAGCAGAAGUUUAAUAUUUGCGUUUUGAAAUUUAAUAAGAAAGAUAAAGAUCUUCUUAAUUAGAAAUGUAGUUGUAAUGCGAAAUCAAUUAAAGAGGUAAACUUAAUAAAUUAAUUAAUAGUACAAAAUGAAUAACUAUUUACAAAUGAUAUCAACAUUUUAAGGUAAUAAAAUGAAGAUUAUAAAUUGAGAAUAUAAGAACUUGAAAUUAAAUUUAGAGAAAAUAGUAUUCAAUAUUAAAAUCUUUUAAAAGAAUCAAAUGAUAAAAUUGUAUCAAUUAGUAUGGAAUUUGAAAGAAUUCAUAAUUUAUAAUUAAAUAAAUAAAAUGAUAAUGAAUAGGGAAUUUUAAGAUAGAAUGAUUAAAAAUAAUUAGCUUAAGAAUUGAUUGCAAUUUAGAAAUUAGUUGAAGAUUUAAGAAAUGAAUUAAUAACUAAAUAAAAAACCAUAUAUUAUUUAUAAGAAUAAUUAUAGAUGACUUAAUAAACAUAAAGAGAUAAUAUAGGUUCUAAUAAUAAAUUUAGAGAAUAAGAAAAAAAUUUUGAUUAAUUAGUGAGCUAAAUUAAUGUUCUUACAUAAAUUUUAGAGUAUAAUUAUAUUAAUUUUUAGAGACAAAGAUAAUUCAUUAUAAUAAUAAAGUAAAUAAGUUGAAAAUGUUUAUAAUGAAUUAUAAUAGAUUAAUUAAUUUAAUAGAUAAUUAAAUGAGGAAAAUCGAAAUUAAAAAUAAGGUUUAGAUUAAUCUUACAAAGAAAUAGAAAGAUUAAAUAGAAUCAUUAUGAUAAAGAAUUAAGAAUUAUAAGAUUCAUAUCAUAAUGAAAACAUAGAUUGGAGAAGAAAUUUCUAAGAUUUAAAUGAGAAAUAUCAUAAAUGUUAAGAAUAAUUAUGUUUUGCAUAAGCUGAACUCGAAGCAAGUCGUGCUACUUAAAGAAUGACUUAUUUAUAAUAAGUUAAAUGA